UUAUAUUGAAAUGGAAAACAACACUUAUUUUGUAACAAAAAUUUUUCACUACAACAACCCUUAAUAUAAAACUGAGGGAGUAGAUAAUAAAGCUCACACACACAAAAGAGCCGAAGCAUAAUUCAAAACAUUUUCAAAGUAGUGAUCUUCCCUUUGAGCAAUGAAAAAAACUCAACACUAAUGGUCCAAUACAACUCCAAGAGAUCAUCAUCCCAAAGCAUCAAUGUUGAUGAGAGCUUAAUGGAUUUUUUAAUGUUAAAAAUUUGGAGUGGAACUACUAAGUUCGAGUUGUAUCACACAGUUAUCCAUAUAGACCAAACUAAGAUUGAAUGUGAAAAUCGAUGAUUCUAAUUCUUAAAAAGUUUAAAAUAUAUUCCUACAUCAUUCACAAAUAUAAAAAGACAUUCGCAGAUCAUAUUUUCACAGAUAACGUGAGGAUGGAUAGCCGUAGAUUAGAUUUUGUAGAUAAGCUUCAACACUUGUCAUCUCAUUUAAUCAAAAAUAAACACUUGUCUCACCAAUAUAAUACUUGUGGCUUAGCAUGAGUAAGCACUAAUUAAUGGGUAUAGUUAAGUAAUUAUUCCUACUCAAUUAAUGCUUAACAAUUUAAAGCUAAAAUUAGCAUUUCUAGCUACAAUAGCCAGCAAAGUGUGACUAUAUACAGCCUGUCGACCCUUCACCUCUAUCAACAUAAAGAUUUUUAACCAUUUUCAAAACGUUAUUAUAUAUACAUCUCUAAAAAUUGUAAGAACAAAAACAAAUAGACUAUUGUGGUCAUGACCAGGAAGAAGGUAAAUCUAGCUUACAUUUCAAUAACUCGUUGAGGAAUAAACACUAUAGAUGAUAGUAAUCGUGGUAACUUGUAUGAGUUUAUUGAUGGACAUCUCAAGAAACUUUAUCAUCAUAGAAACAUAACCCUUAUAAAUUCGCAUCUUGAAACCGGUGAAUCUUCCUCAAUGGCUAUGGCCAUGGACAUGCCACCAAUCUCUAUGGCUGAAGCGGGCUCUUCCUCUUUCUUCAACUUCCCUCAACAAACCAGUGAGUCUCAACCUCUAGUCACUUCAGACCAUGCACCAGAACAUAUUAGUUCUCAUGGAAGCCAGUUUCUGAAUGUCCUAGCCUCCAAUGAUGUGCAGUCUACAAUCCCAACAAACCAGGGGAUAGAUCAAGUUCCUUCUCUUGGCAACAACUUUUUGAGUGUACCAAUCUUCAAUCCUCCUCAGCUAACCAACAAGAUGCAGCAGCCUAUAAUCACUUCGAACCAUGGAUCAGUCCAUGUUGAUGCUCUUGCAAUAAUCUCCUCUAAUUUAUCAACCAUGGAGUUAAUACUCAAGUUGUGAAUCAGGAUGAAGUUUACUAUCCACUAAAUCAACAAGAUUGGUAUGCUGAGGAGAUGAUGAAACAUUCUGAGCUAACAUACUUUCCUUGAAUGGAGGAAAAUCAUCAUUACAAUCAUCGCCAAUUCUAAAGCAUAUUCAUCGAUCCAGUGGAUCGACGCCAAUGUUAACAAUAUUCCUAUGUUAUCUUUCAAAACCAGUCUUUGAUUUGAUGAGUCUUAUCUUUUUAGUUUGUUAAGUUUUGAGUUUUCAAAUUUAUGUCUUAUCUACCUUGUCGGAAAUGCUAGUGGUACAAUAUGAGUUCAGAGUGAGACUCUAGAGUCAUUACUUUGGGCAUUGCUUACCUUUCUAUCUUGUUAUCCACCAUUUUUGGUGGAGUUGAAUUCUUUUUAAUCUAAUGAAUGAAGGAGUUUGACCCCAA